UUUCUGGCUAACAUUGGAACAAAGGCUGGAAAGCCGUGUUUUAUUCCAUUAAUUCAACGGGAUCCAGUGUUCCGAGGAAUAAGGAACACGGCGUCUCGACAGAGGAUAGCCGGUUUACUGGCAUCCAACGGACGCUGGACAUUUUUCCUUGUUAAAGCUUCCUUCAUGUAUAAUAAGGAAGCUUAAUGAUGGCAUUUGAUUCAGUGCGAUGGGCAGCCGUACUCUCCUUGCUGUUCAUCGUAGUUACGGCUCAAGAGGAUCAGAAGGAGAAAACUCCAGAACAAUGUUACACAGACAGCGGAAAAAUUGUCGACGACGGCGAAAGCUGGUUCCCGGACAAAGACGAUAACUGUAUUGCAUGUAUCUGUGAAAAUGGAAAAGUAGAGUGCGAACGGCUUGAAGACUGCUUCCAAGACGGUGGCGAGCUCAGAGAGGAGACAAGCGAAGCUUCUGAGACCUACCAGUAUUCCUCUAUCUAUCCUGGCCCACAGGGGCCACAAGGUGAGCCUGGACGUCAAGGAAUGCAGGGAUUUCCGGGUGAUCGGGGACCAGAUGGAAAUCCUGGAAUACCGGGCCCACCUGGUAACGUUGGAAAUAACAUUAUGCCAGCUGACCAAGCCUACCAGAACUACUAUCAGGCAAUGUAUGGUCAAAAGGCCGGGUAUGCAAUGGGACCACAAUAUCUCACCGCUAAUGUUGGGCCACAGGGACCUCGUGGGCCUGGAGGUCUGCCAGGACCCCAAGGUCAACAGGGUUUGCAGGGUAACAGAGGACAAGCAGGAGAACCAGGACCACCGGGAGCUCCAGGACCCUCUGGCAUUCCCGGCUCUCCUGGACAGCCAGGGCCAGAUGGCUCCCCCGGCAGAAAUGGACCAGGAGGUGCACGUGGAGUUCCAGGAAAUAAGGGGCCAGCAGGUGUACCAGGCAUGCCAGGCCUCCCAGGAAUGAAGGGUCAUCGUGGAUUUAGAGGUCCAUUUGGAAAACCCGGAGAGCAAGGAAAUUCCGGAGAAAAGGGCCCAGACGGACCUAGAGGACCCAGUGGACGACCCGGGCCACAGGGAGCACGUGGUAUUCAAGGUGAGCGCGGACAGGAUGGAUCACCAGGACCUUUGGGACUGCGUGGUGUGGACGGUCUCCCCGGACAGACAGGACCCCCGGGAAAUGUUGGAAACAUGGGAUCCCCCGGCUACCCCGGUGUACCAGGAUUAAAGGGAGAAGCAGGUGCCCCUGGUCCAAAGGGGGCCCGCGGAACCCAAGGACCCCGUGGUGAAAAUGGCGUACCAGGACCACCAGGGGAAUCUGGCCGACAGGGACUUCCAGGAUUAGAAGGCUCCAAUGGGGAAAAAGGAUCUACUGGAGAAGUGGGACCUGCCGGGCCUCCUGGUUUUCCCGGACCUAGAGGACCUCCGGGCUCAGCAGGGAGCCCAGGAGCAAACGGACCGAAGGGACAUACUGGACAACCAGGAAAUGCCGGAUAUAAAGGAUCUCGAGGGAAGAAGGGCAGUGAUGGUACUGAUGGUGAAAGAGGACCACCCGGGCCCCCUGGGUCGGAAGGAAAACGGGGCGAGUCAGGAUCCGCAGGACUACAAGGAGCUCCUGGUCUGCCAGGGGAAAGAGGAACACCUGGUGGUCGCGGUCUUCCUGGACCUUCUGGUGACCCUGGACCUCCCGGAGAGCAAGGAGGAAUUGGACAACGUGGUUUCCGGGGUAAUGAUGGAUCUCCGGGUUCACCAGGCCGCCCCGGAAGUCCUGGGCCUAUUGGAGGCAGGGGAGUUCCUGGGCCACAAGGUCGCGAUGGAUCAGUUGGACGAUCAGGUCCACCGGGACCUCCAGGUAAUGACGGUCGCUCUGGUGAAAUGGGUCAACCCGGAAUCCAGGGAGUUCCAGGUCUAGUAGGACAGCCCGGCAACCCAGGAUCAAGAGGUUCCCCAGGACGUGAGGGUCAAACUGGACCCAUGGGUCAGCCGGGACCACCUGGAGACUCUGGUGCACCAGGAGCAACGGGAUUUCCAGGAUCCCCUGGACCUCAGGGAGUAACAGGUGAGAGAGGACCAGAGGGCAACCCUGGACCUCCAGGUUUUCAGGGACCCCCAGGUAUGCAGGGAGCACCCGGAGAGGCAGGAAGGGUGGGAGAGGCUGGACGUAGUGGAGAACCUGGCCCAAGCGGCAGACCGGGAUCUAUGGGCGAAAGAGGAUACCCAGGUGAACAAGGACCACCAGGUGCCGUUGGUGAACCCGGAGAAGUUGGAUUGGUUGGACCAGCUGGUCGCGCUGGAUACAGGGGUGCUCCCGGAGCUCCAGGUCCAAAGGGUGAGAUUGGCUCCGCUGGAAAUAUUGGUACACCAGGACCACGUGGGUCACCUGGACCCCCAGGAGGAAAGGGAGAAGUUGGAGAUCCUGGUCCUAAUGGAGAAGAUGGAAGCCCUGGUAGAGCAGGAAUUCCAGGACUGGUCGGUCCUCCUGGACCUCCAGGUCCCGUAGGAGAAACACCACCCAAAGGCCAGCGUGGAGAUCCGGGUCAAAGAGGACAAGUUGGUGCUCCUGGUGAAGAGGGAAUAAGAGGAGAAGCUGGAGCUCCGGGCGAAGACGGACCACCAGGAUUAGCUGGAAAUGCAGGAUAUCCAGGACCAAAGGGCCCCACUGGAGAACCAGGGGAAAAGGGUGAGCAAGGCGAACAAGGUGAAUCAGGACCUCUUGGCAAACCAGGAGAUACGGGUGUCAGAGGAGUCCGUGGUGCCAAGGGUUCCCGUGGAGACACUGGAUCACAAGGUUUGCCAGGUCAGACCGGAGCCCCAGGACGUCCCGGCCCACAGGGAUCUCCCGGACAACAAGGUGAGAUGGGGCCACCAGGAGUUACAGGUGAAGAAGGCGUCAAAGGUUCACGUGGCCAUAAUGGUCCCAUGGGUCAACAGGGAGAGCAAGGUAUCCCGGGUCUACCAGGGUAUGCCGGACAGAAAGGAGCCCAAGGAGAAUCUGGUGAAGCCGGUCCACCUGGACCUAACGGUGCACCUGGCAGACAGGGUGACCAAGGAGAGCCGGGACUUCCUGGUGUAAUGGGAGAGACUGGACCAAUGGGAGGAGUCGGUGACAGGGGAUCGCAAGGGGAGCCCGGACGCCCAGGUGAUGACGGUAUACCAGGACCUCAAGGACCCCCAGGUCCACCAGGUCUGACUGGACCAGUUGGAGCUCCAGGAGAUACGGGACCCCCAGGACAUGACGGCUUACCAGGACUGGCUGGACCUAGAGGUGAUCGCGGUAUGGUUGGAGACCAAGGACUUCCGGGACCACCAGGAGCAACUGGAUUUAUGGGACCACCAGGACCUAGCGGAUCGCCAGGUUCCAGCGGACCAAGAGGAGAGAGGGGAGAGACCGGACCUGUCGGAUCCACUGGCGCAUCUGGACCUCGAGGAUCACCGGGACCACAAGGUGCAGAGGGUUUGCCUGGUGAAUCCGGAUCUAUGGGAGAAACGGGAGACAAAGGAGAUCCUGGACUUAUCGGUUUAAUGGGCUUGCCUGGAGCCGAGGGAAUGCAAGGUGACGAUGGUCUUCCAGGGCCUCCCGGACCCCCGGGUCAACGUGGUCCAGAUGGGCCCCGUGGAUCAAUCGGAAUGGACGGACAACCAGGACCGCCUGGACCACCAGGAUCAAUGGGUCGUCGUGGUCCCGAAGGAGUAGAUGGCCGCUCGGGACCAGUAGGACCGGAAGGCGCACCAGGACCGCCCGGUCCUCCAGGUCAGCCCAUGUACGCCAAUGCCCUUGGGGCAAUGUUCGGCGCCAGUACAUACAAAGGCAAUCCGUAUCAGGCUGAUAGCUCCUCCACCCCGCAGGAGAAAGAAGCCUUGGCCACAUUAGGCACUGUAGACAAGAAGAUUCAGAAGAUGAAGGCACCAACAGGCGAAAAAGAUGCACCAGCAAUGUCCUGUCAUGACUUCAAGGUUCACAAUGAGGAAAAAAUUGUUAACAAGGAUCCUAUGAAAAUAAUGAUUGAUCCAAACAAAGGCGAUGACUAUGACAUGAUGCAAGUAAGCUGCGAGUUCCGGUCUAAAAUCUCUUGGACGUGCAUCCAUCCUGCCAAAAAUGAGUUCGCCAUGCAAAAAUGGGUCAAGCAGCCUUUAUCGAAACACACGUGGUUCAGCGAUAUCCAGAAUGAAACAUACGGCGGAGAGCAUAGUGUCGACUACGAGUUUAGGUACGACGCGAAUGGCUCUCAGAUCAAUUCUCUAGCAGCCGUUAGCGACAUAGUCCGCCAAGAUAUCUGGGUAAAUUGCACAAACACCGUCGCAUACUAUGACGAUUCAACUCAGGCAUACGACAAAGCAGUUCAUCUCAGAGCAUUUGAUGAUAAGUUUGUUCUAACACCAGGGGGCAAGAGGAAGAAAAAGGGAACCUUGAAAUAUACUGUGGACGAAUCGGAAGAUGGUUGUAUGUACGGAAAUGGCGUGAGACAAUCCACAAGAAUUGAGGUGAAAACGAGAAAAAUGUCGCUGUUGCCAGUUUUGGAUAUCGCUGUUCGUGAUGCUGGAGGAGCAGACCAAGAAUUCGGUUUCAUGUUAGGUGCCGUAUGCUUCGGCAAUAAGUAAAAUGUUUUACUCAUAUUUUCAUUAACAAACAGCUACCCAAAAGCUUUCGACGCUUUGUUGGCUGAAAUAUUGACUUUAUCAACGUUUUGAAACAUCUACUGAACACUAAGAUGUUCCCAGUGAAUAACUUUAGUGUUCGUAUGAAGCCAUCGAAGUCUGUCUGUAUGCAUCCGCUGCAAUUAUGUAUACACGAGUGUAUGGGAGAAGUGUGUUCUAUUGUGUUUUUUUUUCAUUUAUUUUCAAAACAUCAACCUUUUCACAAUUACGUUACAUUCCUAUUUCAUCACAUUUAUGAUCAGGGAAUGAUUUCAGACAUUUAUUGACAUUUUGUUGAGAUUUGGCAUCUACCAUUCACCAUGAUUUCAAGGAAGUGACGUCAUUUUUGAUCCACCUCGGUCUGCCAUGAUACCGACAAAAUGACGUCACUUCCUGAUUAUUGCGCACCUGUGAUACAAACGUGUGAUAUGUCACCAAUACCAUGAGUGUUAUACAUUAUAACUGCUUUUCUUAUGUGGCUUAUGUUUAUUGUCACAUUUUUUGUCAAAUGCUACUUUUGUGUCAGUAAUAAAACAGAUGAAAAAUCAA